AUGAACAACACACCACGAAGCCCGUCGACCAAGAGUCAGGCUAGUCUUCGGGACACUGGCUUCCCUGAGCCGUUUAACGGAGAACGCAAUACCACGCUGCCGCAUCCUGAUGCCAACCUGUCUCCCAACGCUGUCAUCUCGCAAGAGGACCUCAGUGGAAACCGAUCUCGUACACGACGUUCAUUCUUGCAAAAGCACAGGCGCACCAUCAGUCACGGACGCAUCACCCCGCAAAUGGAGGCAAUCUACAGCAGCGAGGCCCUGGCCGAAGCCGAAGCCGCCAUCCUCGACGCAGACGUCCCGUCCAACAUGAGCCAGUCUAGUCUGCCUGCCGCGAGACGAAUCAGCAAGGAUAGCACCGAGAGCUUCCUCUCCCACAGCGGCGGCAAUCUCUCACCCGUGACCUCAGUUCAGGCUAGCGGACGGAAAGAGAGCCUGCUGAAGAGGCUCGGCUUUCUCAAGCCGUAG